CGGCCAUCUGUGCAGGAAUAGAUAGUAAAGCCUUUCUUGUGCUGCGUUUCCUUGAAGGUGUAUUGCUUUAUUAAGACCGGAGCUGCUCGAUUUACCUGUCAUUCGUUGGAGAAGAUUCAAACCAUGAAGCUCGCCGUCGCAGCAGUCGUCCUUCUGGCAUCGUUAGCCAUCACUGUCGAGGCUACUGUGCACUUCAAGGAACAGUUUCUGGACGGAGAUGCCUGGAAGAGCCGGUGGGUUGAGUCCAAGCAAAAGUCGGAUUAUGGUGUGUGGAAGCUGACUGCUGGCAAGUUUUUUGGCGAUGCCGAGGCAGAUAAAGGUGUCCAGACGAGCCAGGACGCUCGUUUCUAUGCAGUGUCCAGCCGCUUCGAGCCUUUUAGCAAUGAGGGCAAGCCCCUUGUGGUCCAGUUCACGGUGAAGCAUGAGCAAAAGAUAGACUGUGGAGGUGGCUACGUCAAGAUUUUCCCCGCUGACCUAGACCAGACCAACAUGCAUGGAGACUCUCAGUAUUACAUCAUGUUCGGACCUGACAUCUGUGGGUACAGCACAAAGAAGGUGCAUGUGAUCUUCAACUACAAAGGAAAGAACCACCUCAUUAAGAAGGACAUCAAAUGCAAGGAUGACGAGCUCACUCACCUGUACACGUUGAUCCUGAACCCGGACCAGACGUACGAAGUGAAGAUCGACAACGAGAAGGUGGAGUCCGGCAGCAUGGAGGAGGACUGGGACAUGCUGCCCGCCAAGAAGAUCAAGGACCCAGAGGCCAAGAAACCAGAGAACUGGGAUGACCGUGAGAAGAUGGACGACCCCACCGACGCCAAGCCCGAGGACUGGGAGAAGCCUGAGACUAUCCCCGACCCUGAUGCGACCAAGCCCAGCGACUGGGACGAGGAUAUGGAUGGAGAGUGGGAGCCGGCCAUGAUCGCCAACCCAGAGUACCAGGGCGAGUGGCAACCCAAGCAGAUCGACAACCCCGACUUCAAGGGAUCCUGGGUUCACCCAGAGAUCGACAACCCAGAGUACUCUGCUGACGACACCAUGUACAAGUUUGACAGCAUUUCCGUUUUGGGCCUUGACUUGUGGCAGGUAAAAUCUGGCACCAUCUUCGACAACUUCCUGAUUGCCGAUGACGUCAAAGAAGCCGAGGAGUUUGGGGAAGAAACCUGGGGCAAAACUAAGGAACCAGAGAAGAAGAUGAGGGAUGAUCUGGAGGAGGCGGACAGGAAGUCGAGGGAAGAGGAGGAGAAGAACAAGAAGGAUACGGAUGGUGCCAAUGAGGAAGACGAGAACGAAGAUGACGAGGAGGAAGGGGAUGAGGAGCAGGGAGACGACGAAGGGGAGGAACCCACAGAAGAGGAGGAGGAGGAAGAGGAGGAAGCCGCGAAGAAGGACGAGUUGUAGAGGUGGACAUUUUGUCAACAUGGGAGGGACUGCUGGGCAUCUCCUCCCAGCAGGGAAACAACAACGCCAACAUCAACAUCAAAAUGGUAGAACCUCAUGGACACUGGCAGCAGCCUUAGCCUCACAGUGGUAGCAGUUGAGGAGUUAAAUAGUUUUCUUUUUUAAUUUGACUUCAUUUUUUUCCCUGAGGUUGAAAAAAAAGUUUUUCACAAUUCGUUGUCUGCCCUUGAGGAUUUUUGUUUAUAAAGUUUAAGAUAGCUUUACUUGAAGCCAUUUAGGUCGGUUUACUGUGUCAGCUCCAUGCCCUUUUUCAUAAUGCUGGUUGAUUUAGGUGUUUUCGUAAAUGGCCCUAUCGACUUAAGUAAACGGGAGUGUGUAAGAUGAACGAAACAGAUUUUAUUAAUAUUAUUUGCAUUCAAUGAGCCUUUUUAGCCCAAUGUAUUGACCUUCCUUUGGUCAACUCAAGUCAUGACAACCUGACCAACAGAUGAAGAUAUAGUACUAAAGUUAAUGGGGAAAUGACCUCAUCAAAGAUUUUCACACGGUCUUUCGCUUGAUACUUUGAUUUUGUUUACCUUAUCAUCACCUACUCAACAGAAUGCCUUUACGUAUUGUACUUUAUUUGUUUUAAACCACUGUCAACAGCUGUAUGUUAUUCCCUUCAAACCUUAAUUGAAAUUAUAUCAAUCCACUCAUCAAUCAACUCAGCAUUGCUCAUAAUGUUCAUUUUUUGGGGAAAUAUAGCGUUAUUCAUACAUAUAGUCGUAGUUUUCUGUAACUUGACAUUGAUGUAAAGCACAGACAAUUGUAAUUGGUGCAUUCAUAAAUUAUUUUUUAGGUGUGUGUGUGUGUGUGUGUGUGUGUGUGUGUGUGUGUGUGUGUGUGUGUGUGUGUGUGUGUGUGUGUGUGUGUGUGUGUGUGUGUGUGUGUGUGUGUGUGUGUGUGUGUGUGUGCCGAGGGACUGUAGUGGGCAAUCUGUGA